UUAAUUUACAUCAACUCAGUGAGGUUUAGAUGUGAGAAAUAUGGAGAUUAUGAACACUUGCUUGGGGGCACUGUGUACUUGCAUCCAGCACCCUACUGUCAGAGAAAAACUGAGCUCCAUUACAAGCCCAAAAGAAUUUUUGGAUGAGGCGGAGAGGAAAUUUCAAGAUCUCAAGAAUAAUUGUGUCCUCCGAGAUGAGGAAUUAGUGGCCGAUAGACCUGGGAUGCAACUCACAGAUCAAGUUCAAAGAUGGCAUGACAAGGUACAUCAUCAAGAGAAAGAAAUUAUGAUAAAUCAAAUGAAGGAUGACUACAACGAUAGAGGUUGCCUUCUUGGAAGUUGCUCUCUCAAUUUGUGGGCUAACUACAAAAUUAGCCAAAGUUCAAUCAAGUUACUCAAAGAGAUCAAUAACUUGAGGACUGAACAUGAUGCUUUCCAAGAAAUAACAAAAACACAAUCUCCAAUAGCAGUUGAGGAGAUCCUCACUUCAAAAAAACCUGUGGGCAACAUAAUAAAGUUAAAUCUCGAGAAAGUUUGUGGUUAUUUGGCAUAUGACAAUGUAUCAAUGGUGGGUAUUUGGGGCAUGGGAGGGGUCGGAAAGACAAAUCUCUUGAAUGAAAUCAAUAACACAUUACAAGGUGGUGAUGCUUACAACAUGGAGUUCAAGUAUGUCAUUUAUCUGGUAGUUUCAAAAGAACCUCAAUUUGAGAAGCUUCAAAAGGAGAUAUCUGAAAGGUUGGGAUUGCAACCUCCUCACUCUAUGAAGAAUGAUAUAUUUGAGUUUUUGAAGAACAAGGACUUUUUGCUACUCUUAGAUGAUAUAUGGAAGGCAGUGGACCUUCCUGAAACCCUUGGAAUUCCACUUCCUCACCAUCAAAGCCAAAAUUGGGAAGACAAAGGUCCAAGGUACAAGCACAAGGUGAUCUUCACAACCAGAGAAGAUGAUGUGUGUGCUCAGAUGAAGGCUGACAAGAAGAUCAAAGUUGAAUGUUUGGAUGGAGAAGAAGCAUGGCAUCUUUUCAUGCAGCACGCAAAUGAAGAGAUCAUCAAUUCCAAUGUUGUUAUUAAAAAACUAGCAAGGGAAAUUAUGAAGAGAUCAUCAAUUCCAAUGGUGCACAAGCUUACCACUUGCCCUUAAAGUCAUUGGUCGAGCCAUGUCAAAUAAGAAGACACCAGAAGAGUGGCGUCACAUGCUGAAGUUGUUAAUCAAGGUGGACAUCAAGACCGUCACUGAUAUCGAAGAAUCAUUGUUUCACAACUUAAAGGUCAGUUAUGAUAAUUUGGUUAGUGAUACUCUGCGAGAAUGUUUCUUGUGUUGUGCUCAAUGGCCUGAAGAUGAGCGCAUUCCAGUCUAUGAUCUCAUAGAGCACUGGAUUGCACUUGGAUUGAUCAAUGACUUUGGAAACAUUGGGGAAGCCUUUGACGAGGGAUAUUCUAUUAUUGCAAAAUUAAAUGAAGCAUGUUUGUUGGAAUUGGGAUUUUACUUUAACUCUGGUGAUGAGUAUGUCAAAUUACAUGAUGUGAUUCGUGAUAUGGCGCUGUGGAUUGUAUCCGAGUGUGGGAAGAAAAAGAACAAAUGGAUUGUUUGUGGAAGAGGUGAUGAUUUAAGACAAUUUUCAGAGUGGGAAGCAGGCAAUUGGAAGGAGACAGAACUAAUAUCUUUUAAAGGUACUAACUUUAACAAGACUCUCCAGAAAUUAUUAAGUGAUCAAAAUAUUGACAAAAAGGGCCAAGUUUCUUGUGUAUCAACUUCUCCAAGAUAUCCUAA